CACAAGCUCCGCAACUCCCACGCCGCCAAUUGACCGCCGCACCACGCACGUAACCUCUCCGGAGCUCUGAUACACCUCUCCGACCGCAUACAUAUCCGCCGCCACAAUGCCGACUCCCGAGUCCGAGAUGUUCCUGGCUAAAAAGCCCAAGGUCGCGCCGACCUUUGAGGGCGUCGACUACGAGGACAACCAGGCGCUCAAGGCUGCACAGGAUGCUAUCAUUCGCGAGCAGUGGGUCAGGAGCAUGAUGGCGCGGUUGGUCAGGGAGGAGAUGGGCAAGUGCUAUCGCAGGGAGGGUGUCAAUCAUUUGGAGAAGUGUGGACAUCUGAGAGAGCGCUACUUCGAGCUGCUGAAGGAUUCCAAAGUCAAGGGUUACCUCUUCGCGCAGCAAAACUACCUUGACGAUGCGUUCAAGAAGCAGUAGGACAUGUCACAGGGGGUUGUGGAUAUUCCGGAAGCCUGGUGGUAAAGGACGGGACGGGAUGCACGAUAUGCGAGAGACAACGCCAGCACACGGGUUAUGUGGACGAUGCAACUUUAGGCGUUUUGACUGGUUUGACUUCGAGAAAACCAUGUAUGUCCUUCCACAGCGGCAAUUCUGUACAUAUACCAGCCAAAAAGAGGAU